CCGCAGACGGCACCGGAAAUCUAUUGCAGAUUUGGCUUCAAAGCAUUAACAGAUAUAAACUGCCAAAGAUGACUGGUGCUGGACAUAAUCUGUUUCGGCGCUGCGUACAUCGUGCAGCUUCAUCCUCAUUCUCUUUCCCUCUAUCUUCAAAGUCACUACACGUGAAGCCAAAGGUUCUUUUAGUCUCUUUUUCUGGCAAAACAACAACUCCCUGGCCUGUGAUGCAAUCACCAUCCAAUGACCCCCUCUAUCCGUACGCAUAUACCAGUGGCAGAUGGCUGCAUCGCGACAAGGAACAGCGUACCUCAAGGUACAUCGACUUCAACUUCGACAGACUAUGUAACAAGGUAUUAGCCCUGUGCCCUGAGGCAACCCAUAUCAUCAGCUACGAGAAGGAAGAAGGGGGCUACAAUAAAGUCUUUAUAUUCCUUCUAGACAAUGGAAAACGAAUUGUGGCACGGUUGCCUACUCGAGUUGCAGGCCCCUCCUCAUUGACCACAAAUUCCGAGGUCGCAACCAUCACAUAUAUAAAGGCUCGUACCACGAUUCCUGUGCCUGACAUUCUCGAUUGGUCAGAUGAUUCUACCAACCCAAUUGGAAGCGAAUACAUCAUCAUGCAACAUGCCCAGGGCGUCCCGUUAAGAGAGCGCUGGCCUACGAUGUCUGGAAGUCAGUAUACUAAAUGUGUCCAAUCGAUUUGUAUGACAAUGAAGCAACUGGCGACACUCGAAUUUCCAGCUUAUGGAAGCCUCUACUUUGCCAACGCUCCAAUCGAUUCUGCUUCGAAGAUGGAUUUUGUGGAAGGGUUCUGCAUUGGACCUCACUGUGGGACUACUUAUUGGGAUUGCAAAGAUGGUCAAACGCUUUCUGCACCCCAUACAGGCCCGUGGUCUGACCUUUCAGCUUAUGCCUCUGGUCUUAUUGACAAUGGAUACUCUCGACUUCCGGUCCCUGGCACUGAGAGCUCACGGCCGUCCUACUUUGGUACGGUCGAGGAGCACCAAAAUUUGCUACGUUCAGCAAAGGAGGUGAUGCGAUGUCUAGCAUUAGAACCGCACAUCCGUAACGCCGCGGCCCCAACUUUGCUUCAUGCAGAUUUACACGCAAGAAACAUAUAUGUUUCAAAUGACGAUCCCACAAAGGUUACUUGUCUCAUCGACUGGCAAUCAAGCUCUAUCGAGCCAGCAUUCAUCUAUGCACAUGAGGUGCCAGACUUCGCAACCCCUCCCCACUCUUCAUAUUCCGAGGAAUCGGAGGAGGAAACUCCCAGCCAAGUACCGAGCAUGACUGAACAAGAAAAGAAACUUGAGAAAGUAGCUCGAUUUUGUAGCCAGGCUUAUGACAUCUGCACGAAGGCAUUCAUUCCAAAAUUGCGUGUAGCAAGAUCGGUCGACCAACCCCUCGUACGGCCCUUCCAGUACUGCAAUACGUCCUGGAGAGACAGUGCUCCAGCAGUCAGGCAAGAGUUUCUUGAUCUAGCUAACCAAUGGGAGAAGCUAGGCUUAACAGGUCGCUGCCCGUACAACCCUACCGCGGAGGAGCUUAGAUUGCACCAGAAGGAAUACAAGUCAUUCCAACAUGUGCAGGAUCUGAAGCUGAUGCUGAUGGAUUUGCUACACACCGACUCAGACGGUUGGGUACCCACCGAGCGCUGGGAAGAGGUAAGACAUGCUCAUAAAGAGGUGUUUGAUAUGGCGAUAGAAACUGCUAGAGAUGGCGAAGAUGAGACCGAAGAUGACCAUCUGAGCGAGGAAGAUGUAAGAGAACUAUGGCCCUUUGAUGGCCACAAGUGUAAUUAGCGUCACGGCUAGGAAGGCACUGUAUUCCCAAGUACAAUAUUGAUUUGCUUCUGCGGUCUAGACCCGGC